UUCUGCAUCGGGAACCGGCACACCUCUUCGCUGGGGUCGAGACAUCCCGGAAACCAGGUCCCUCCGGCCUCGGAAGGCGAUCUCCGGUAACGGGGCGGGAGGCCAGGCGGAAGAAGGGCGGCGGGGGCAGCUAGGUGCGGCGGGAUCAAUCAAAGGGGGCCAGGCUUUCCCCAGCACCACCACCACCCCCGAACGCCCAAAUCUCGGUGCGUCUCUGGCUCGCCCGCGCUCUCUCCCCCUCGACAGCGUUUCCCACCCUGCUUGACGUCAGAAGAAACUUCGUGAAGAUCUCCCGGAGAAAAAGCCUAAAGCCCCCUGCUCGGGCAGCGCGUACCUGACUGGUGGGCUCUCGGACAGGAGCAGGCGGGGCCAGGCGCUGCAGGGCCACGAGGGAGCGAAAGGGAAGGGCCUCCCGAGCGCCCACCCGGCCGCCCUUCUCAACGCAGGGCUCCGCCAGCGGAGUCUACAUGGGACCCCGGGAGUAGUGCCCGGAGCGCUCUGAGCGGAAGCGACCCAAUCUUUUCUUGGCUGGGAAUAAAUACCGUCAGCGAACGAGAAGAUAUCGAGACACCCCGAGUUUGUGCUAUGGAGCUCGGUCGGUCCAAAAGUAUCCCUCCCUAUACGGAUUUAGGUGGGAUGAAUUUGGAAAGGCUUCCCGACAGCUUGAGAACCCCGCAGGCGUCCCACGACAUGGCUUCCAGCUUCCAUUUGCAGAGAUCUUCCGAAGGCAGAGAACCGAUCGAGAACUCGGCCAGCGAAUCUUCGGACACCGAAGCCCCAGAAAAGGAGCCAAGUGGCGCGCAGAAAAGCGAGGAGGGGAGCGCGGAUGACCCGGCGAAGAAGAAGAAGCAGAGGCGCCAAAGGACUCAUUUUACCAGCCAGCAACUGCAGGAACUGGAGGCCACUUUCCAGAGGAACCGCUACCCGGACAUGAGCAUGAGGGAGGAGAUCGCGGUGUGGACCAACCUCACGGAGCCCAGAGUCAGGGUCUGGUUCAAGAACCGUCGCGCGAAGUGGCGGAAGCGGGAACGCAACCAGCAGAUGGACCUUUGCAAGAACGGCUACGUGCCGCAGUUCAGCGGGUUGAUGCAGCCCUACGAAGACGUCUACCCGGGCUACCCGUCCAACUACUGGCACGCCAAGAGCCUGGCGCCGGCGCCGCUCUCCUCCAAGAGCUUCACUUUCUUCAACUCCAUGAGCCCGCUGUCGUCGGCCCAGUCCAUGUUCUCGGCGCCCAGCACGCUGCCCUCCAUGAGCAUGCCUUCCUCCAUGGGCCCUUCGGCCGUGCCCGGCGUGGCCAACUCCGGCCUCAACAACCUGAGCGGCUCGUCCCUCAACACGGCCAUGUCGACUCCCGCCUGCCCCUACGGCCCGCCGGGCUCCCCUUACAGCGUCUACAGGGACACUUGCAACUCCAGCUUGGCCAGCCUGAGGCUGAAGUCCAAGCAGCACUCGAACUUCGGCUACGGCAGCCUGCAGAGCCCCGGCUCCACUCUAAACGCCUGCCAGUACAACAGCUGACCGGCCUCCGCCUCCUGAAAAGGGACCGCGGCUGCGCUCAGGGGCAGGGAAACGCGCCGGAGGAGGAAUGGGGUGGACGGGCGAGCGGGCAGACGGAUGGACGGACGGACGGACGAGCCGUGGCCGGCGAGGAGAGAGAGGGAGGGGCCCGACCGGACCUAAAACACAGGGAUGAGUUGCAAUGGUUUUUUUUUUUUUUUUAAUUUUCUCCUCUGGAUGAUGCGGGUUUUGUAUGCGUGUUUACUUGAACUUGCACAAGACUUUCCUUCCUAACAAUCGUCCACUUUAUACGACCAGAAGAUACGGUAACGGUGGAGGCGUGUGUGUGUGUGUGGGAAGGGGGGGGGCAGAGGGACGAAAGAGUGACUUUGCUGAGGAGCUCCGAGCGCCCUUCGGGUGGGGUGGCGGUCCCUUCGCUGAAGAAAGGAGGCGGGGCUCCGGGUUCGCUCCUGGGCGGGACGGGGAUCGUUCGACGGGGAGGGGUCGCCCGUGCAAAGCCAAAGGACGGAACCCUCUGAGCCAACGCCGCAGCCGCGGGGCGAACCCGCUUCUCCGAGGCGCUCUAUUUAUCUUCGCUUUUCCCUUGCGCUUCGUCGUUGAAUGGGCGGCGGUUCUCCAGUGCGUGACUCUCGGCGGGAUUUUGUUUCUCAAGCUGGAAGCUUCUGGGGAGGGGGGGGAUUCUACCGUUCCCAGCACUACAAGUUCGCGGCUGAAAAGGUCCCUUUUCCUACCUCUUCAUUCUCUACGAAGCCUGCAGUACGGAAUCCCUCUAGUCUCUCUUCAAAAAAAAAAGGACCUUUAUAGAGACCCACCCACCCCUCCUUCCCUUUCAGAGUCUUACCCUGAUAAUCAAAUUAUCGUCCGUCCUUAUUUAAAGGAGUUUUUUUUUUUAAUUUAAAAAUUAAAAAAGGAAAGGAUUCUCGUAGAGAAUUUUAAGGGAAAUAUGAAAGAAAGAGAGAAAGGAAAAAGAAAAGGAGCAUCGGAAAAUACUGCAUCUUAAAUAAAGGAGAGGAAGUGACCUCGUGGAUGGGUAAAAUAAAUUUGGGGUGGGGGAUUAAAUUACUUUGUUUCUCCAGUUUUGGAUUUAGAUGAAUCAAUACAAGUAAGGAACCCAAACAAGAAAUCUUUUAAAAGAUGUUAUGUGUUAAGUGUAGAUAAUACUUAAAAGGAUUUUUUUUGUUGGAAAUUUUUAAAAAAUAUGAAAAUGAUAAAUAUGAUCUUUAAAUAUUAAUACGCAUACAAAACACAUAUGAAGUUUUCUCGCAGACAUACUUGUUGCUUUUUCCUGUUGAUACUUAUUACCUGUAGAUGACAAAGAAACAUAAUAUAAAAUGCACAAGGUACUUCUUUCCCAGUGUAUCCCCACCUGUGGUAACCGUUACGCUGGAUGUUUCAAUAAUGCUGUUGUGGAGGAUGCAGUAUAUAUAUUGUUUUAUAAGUUAUGUUUUCGUGAUUUUUUUGAAAAUUAAGAGCAUGGGAAUAAAAAAAACCUCUUGAA